AUGGCGGCGCCGGAAGCUCCGGUCAAAUAUGUCGGAAUCCCUAGGGAAUCCGCCGCUUUCCGGCUAAUGAAAUCCAUGGGUUGGGAAGAAGGUGAAGGACUUGGUAAAGAUAAGCAAGGGAUCAAAGGUUAUGUGAGAGUCCAGAACAAACAAGAUACUACUGGUGUUGGUCUCGAUAAGCCGAAUCCUUGGGCGUUCGAUACAACUCAGUUCGAUAACAUUCUCAAGAAGUUGAAAGUGCAAGCAGCACCUAUCAAAGCUAGCGAGAAUGAUGAUGAUUCAGACAAGGAAGCAGAAAGUGACGUUGAUACUGUCAAAUCUGAGCCUGCCAAGACUAAGACUGUUGCGAAAGUUACACGUCCACAAGGAAGGUAUCAACGUAGAGAGAAAGGGAAGCGUGUUAAUUCAUACUCGUCUAAAGAUCUUGAAGGAAUAUUGGUUAAGCGAACUGAGGAGCCUUCUCCUGCGGUUUGUGACAUAGCCGAUACUAUGGAGAUUGAAAUCAUAUCUGAGGACCAUGUUGAUAGUGUUAAAGAACAGAAAAUCGAAGAGCCUUCUUCAGACUGGUGGGGAUUUAAAUCCGGGUUUGUCUCGGGUGGUCUUCUUGGAGCUAAGUCUGGCAAAAAGAAAUCAUCUAAGAGCAGCAAGAGAAAAAUGUUUUCUGAGGACGAUCAAGAGAAUCUUUACAAUUUGGUGCAGGAUAAAGCCACGGCUGGAAAACAAGGACUGGGUAUCAAAGACCAACCAAAGAAAAUUGCCGGUGACGCUGGUAGUAGUGGAUCCAUCAAGCUGAAACAGCUAAAAUCUCUUAUUGAUGAACAAGCACCAUCAGUUCUCUCAGAGUUCUCUUCGAGCAAAGAUGCUAUUGCUUACUUGAAACUCAAGCUCGAGCGAAGUGGGAAGUUUGUUGUGGAGGGAACGAAGAUCAGUCUCGUAUCAAAAAAGAAGUGA